AUGAAGACUGACUUGGUGGGCAUUUCAGGCCUGAAAGAAGAGGCCAUCAAGGAGAAGGAGAUGUGUGGCAUAGAGUCAUUGAACAGCCAAGGCAGCGGGGACUCAAACAGGGAGGAUGACAGAGCCACUCUCAUCCUGACCCUCACUCUCUGCAAUGUGAGGAAGAUUGAGCUCUCUAAGGCAGCCAAAGUCUUUGAGAUGUUUGAAACUCAGAUCUAUCAUUUUGAAACCCGGCGAGCCAAAAAGCCCAAGAAGUCUGCUGAUGAUCUUGACAUUUUCAUUGAAUGUGAAGUUCACAGUGCUGAUGUUAGUAUCCUUAUCACCUCCUUAAAGAGAGUAGCAGAGGAUGUGAAAACUAGCAGAGAAGACAAAGUACUCUGGUUCCCCAGAAAAAUCCAAGAUCUGGACAAGUGUCACUAUCUGAUCACCAAGUAUGAUCCCAGUUUGGACCAUGGUCAUCCUGGGUAUGCUGACCUGGAAUAUAAGAAACGGAGGGCAUUCUUUGCUGAUCUUGCCUUAAACUACAGAGUGGGAGACCCUUUGCCUCUCAUCGAGUACACGGCGCAGGAGACGGCAACUUGGAGAGAAGUCUACAGGAAGCUGAGAAGCCUUUACCCUACUCACUCCUGUACACAGUACCUGGAUGCUUUCCAGCAGCUGGAGAGGUACUGUGGCUACCAGGAAGAUAACAUACCUCAACUCCAGGAUGUCUCCAGAUUUUUAAAAGAGAGAACAGGUUUCCGGCUGAGACCAGCUGCAGGACUUCUGUCUGCUCGUGACUUCCUUGCCAGCCUGGCAUUCCGUGUCUUCCCGUGCACACAGUAUAUAAGGCAUUUCUCUUCUCCUAUGCAUUCCCCGGAACCAGACUGUUGCCAUGAGUUGCUGGGUCAUGUUCCCAUGCUAGCUGACAAGGAGUUUGCCCAGUUCUCACAGGAUAUUGGACUGGCUUCUCUUGGAUCAUCUGAAGUGGAGAUUGAGAAACUGGCCACACUCUAUUGGUUCACUGUGGAGUUUGGUCUCUGCAAGCAAAAUGGAUUGAUCAAAGCUUAUGGGGCAGGACUGCUUUCAUCUUAUGGGGAGCUUAUGUAUGCUUUGUCAAACAAACCAGAGUACAAGCCUUUUGAUCCAGAAGUGACUGCAGUUCACCCCUAUCAGGAUCAAGCCUUCCAGCCUGUCUAUUUCAUAGCAGAAAAUUUUGAAGAUGCCAAGGUCAAGCUUCAGUUUGUCUGGAGCUCCUGUUUCAUCUAUGCAGGCCUCCUGCCAUCUUUCCUUGGCUUCCUGUCUGUCAGGAUGGAUCAUUCUUGAGCUUGGAAGAGACAAUCCUGCACAGCACUGAAAUGCAAGAGAGCUGCUGUAAUCCUGGCAUGUGGAGAGAAGACCAGAGAGGUGUUGGGACUCCAAGGUAAUACACUGCCACAGGACUUGUCUGAUGAGUUAGC